UGGCAGUGACGUGUGUGACCCACGUGGACUCCAGUUGGCGCGCCAAAUUCAGUAAACAACGGAAAGAGUUCACUCCUUGGACACCGGAGAAAUGGGGCUGCUGGAACACUGUCAAGAGCUAUUCGGAACCUCAGAUCUCUACGGGGUUCUCGGAAUCUCCAAACAAGCGAGUGAUUCGGAAAUCCGCCGAAGUUAUUACAAAGUAUCUCUUCAAGUGCACCCGGACAGAGCGCCCGAUGACGCACAGGCCACAGAGAAAUUUCAAGUUUUAGGGAAGUUGUAUGCAGUUCUCAGCGACAAGGAGCAGCGAGCCAUUUAUGACGAGCAGGGCAUUGUGGAUGAGGAAGACUCUCUGACGCAGGACCGCAACUGGGAAGAAUACUGGAGACUGCUGUUUCCCAAGAUCACGUUGCAGGACAUCGUUGAGUUUGAGAGGAAGUACAAGGGGAGCGAGGAGGAGCGUCAGGAUGUGCUUCAGCAGUACCUGCAGCACGAGGGCGACAUGGACGCCAUCAUGGCCGCCGCGCUCUGCUGCACGCAAGAGGACGAGCCGCGCAUCGCCGCCCUCAUCCAGGACGCCAUCGCCGCCGGCGACGUGCCCAAACACAAGGCCUUCGCCACCGAGAGCGACCGGAAGAAGAAGGCUCGCAGGAAGAGGGCUGAGAAGGAAGAGCGGGAAGCUGAGGAGAUGCAGAAGGAGAUGGGGCUCGGCAGCGAAGAGGACAGCCUCGUCAUGAUGCUCCAGCAAAGGCAGAAGUCGAGGGAGCAGGGCUUCAACUCCUUUCUGGCUGACCUGGAAGCCAAAUACGCAAAACCAGGCAAAGCCAAAGGGGCAAAGAAGAGCAAAAAGUAAAGACUGCCUAGUCGACGCCUCCUGUAAAUAUUUUAUCUGUAGUGUUGUUGCAAUGUCUGUGUAAGAAAUAACCGUUUGCCAUAAGAUGUCACCUUAAUAUGAAUUAUCUGUAAUAUGUCAUGACACAUUCUUUAUUAUGCAUUUAAAUGUUUGUAAUUUUUUAACACGUAAACAUAAUAAAAAGUCACAUUUUAUCCAA